AUGGGGGCUUUCCUGAACAAGCCUGAGACGAAGAAGUACAACGAGCAUGGGGAGGGCAACGGGCUGCGCUACGGCGUGGCGUCCAUGCAGGGCUGGCGCGUGGAGAUGGAGGACGCGCACCACGCGCAGUCCACGCUGAACGGCACGCUGUCGGACUGGUCGUACUUCGCCGUGUUCGACGGGCACGCGGGAGCGCGCGUGUCGGCGCACUGCGCGGCCAACCUGCUCGAGUGCAUCCUGCAGACAGACGAGUUCCGGCGCGAGGAGGUGGCGGCGGCCAUCCGCGCCGGCUUCCUGGACCUGGACAAGAAGAUGCGCGAGCUGCCCGAGCUCAGCAACGGCGAGGACAAGUCGGGCUCCACGGCCGUGUGCGCCUUCGUGUCGCCCGGCAAGAUCUACAUCGCCAACUGCGGCGACUCCCGGGCCGUGCUGGCGCGCGCCGGCCAGCCCGUGUUCGCCACGCGCGACCACAAGCCCGAGCUGCCGUCGGAGAAGUCCCGCAUCGUGAGCGCGGGCGGCUCCGUGAUGAUCCAGCGGGUGAACGGCAGCCUGGCCGUGUCGCGCGCGCUGGGCGACUACGAGUACAAGAAGGUGCGGAACCGCGGCCCGUGCGAGCAGCUGGUGUCGCCCGAGCCGGAGGUGUCUGCGCUGGAGCGCGCGGACGAGGAGUUCCUGGUGCUGGCCUGCGACGGCGUGUGGGACGUCAUGAGCAACGAGGCGCUGUGCUCCUACGUGCACUCCCUGCUGCUGCUCACUGACGAUCUGGAGGCCAUCACCAACCAGGUCAUAGACACCUGCCUCUACAAGGGAAGCAAAGACAAUAUGAGCAUCGUGCUGGUGACGUUCCCGGGAGCCCCCAAGCCGUCUCCAGAGGCCCAGCAGGCCGAGAAGGAGCUGGACGAGACUCUCCGACAACGACUCACAGCGAUCAUCGAGCGGCUGAGCUCGGAGCAGAGCGAGGAGGCGUACAUCUUCCCGAUGGCGCUGAAGCAGCUCGCCGAGGAGAAGAUCCCGGGCCUGCCGCCUGGUGGAGGGCUGGCUGCCAAGCAAAGUCUCCUGGACAAGAUCUACAGGGAGUUCUACCCGGACCACGCGGACAGCUCGGAGUCGUUCGUGUGCGCGGACGAGAUGGCCGACGCGUACGAGAGCAACUAG